GGCUGGCUAUUACCCCUGGGCCUCUCACCACGCCCAUGUGCAGCGCACUCUGUCCGAAGGAGUGAGUGGCAGCGCUGGAAACAGCGAUGUCAAUUUCAGCUUGUUCCAGUAUUCAUUCGAUGAAAGGUGUGGCCGGGUGGAGAGCGAACCGGCUCGGGCCAGUCCAGAGCAGUACAGAGUGAAAACCAACCAGGACAGUUUCCAAAGUGCCGGUCCUGGGUGCACAGGACAGGUGCAAAGGCGACUGAGAAGUAUCGGUCUCCGAGGAGACUGUACAUCCGAAUCGGCGUUGGGCUGGGGGUUGACUAUGAGUUCUGGGUUAAACCUUUCUGGCCCGAGUUCGGUCACCGAUCUGAACCGGAGUGUGGACUCCAUGUCUGUGCGGUGUGCCAGUGACUGCGAGUCUCUGAGCAGCCUCAAGGGACCACAGGAGGUGGAAUGGCGGGACAGUGCUCGCACGCCUAUGAAUGCAGUUAACUAUGCCGGCAGUGGGUACCCACACCAGGCGCACGAGCCGGCUUAUUAUGCCGGGUUGCCUGCACCCGGUGACCAGAACCGCAACGGCGUAGGAGCGCGUAGUACGAAGCACAGCUAUUCGGAAACUCCCAUAUCUCGCAUUAAAGAUGGACAUGUGACGUGGGGUGAUCUGAGGGGUCAGCUGGCCCUUGCCGACGAUGGCGCUAUGCUGGCGGGCGAUCGGAGCUGCGACUGCCAGGGCUGUGGCGUGCGCCGUCAUGAGCCAGAAAGUGUCAUGCGCCGUCAUGAGCCAGAAAGUGUCAUGCGCAAGCGCUGGAGCCAAGAGAAGCCGGUGGGUGGGGAGAUGGGAUAUGAGCAGACGAAGCCUGCAGCGUACGUCUCCGACGCGUCCAUGCGUAAGUCUGGGCGUUGCAAACCUCCAGGUUCGCUCUACGACGAUACUUUGGAACGGAAGAGAGACAGGCAAGGCCCUGGCCGAUGUCUAGGAGGGGCAGUGGCGGAGGUUAGAGAUUACGCGAUGCACCGUGGUAAGAGUAGCACGCCCCGGCCCACAGAACCCUCGUUGCGCCUGUUCUCAGAAUGGGGUGGGUUGGGUGCAGGAGAUGCAGAGACCGGGCUGAGCGUGAAUACUCCCGUCGCAAACGGUACGGGUCAGGGUGCGUGUGUGGGAGGGAUGGAAGCUACCACGGCGCCAUUUACGAGCGCCUGUGACUAUGAGAGUGGGGGGUAUCCCCAGCCGUCGGAUUGCCUCAACAGACGUCCAGAUUCUGUGCCCAGCCAGACAGAUACAGGACCGGCCCUGGCCCGUAUGACCCAGGGCUCUGGGUGCAGUCAGACGGGUGGUAGAGUAGCCCCCUUCUACCACCCGGUACGUACCCCGGGAUACGGGGACAUGUACACUCCAACGAGUCACACUCAGAUCCCUUCUUUGUGGGUCCCGUUGGCUACACACCCACCCGACUCGGGCUGCACACCGUCGCAUACCACAACCGGGUUUGUGCCUGCGGAGCGCAUCUCCUCGUACAGGCCCACGUUUGUGCCUGCGCCGAUGAUACCGCCCUAUGGCGUCUACUUGGACGAGAAGUCUCGAGAGUAUAUGCAGAGCCUAGGACCUCGGGCAGUUGGUCUAGGGAUAUAGUCUAUUGUUAACCGGAAGUGUAGGCGUGAAUGAGACUAGAGGACCCAAUGGAUACCCAUACGGCGCAGACGGAGUGGGCCAAUGAACGCAGUGCAUUCCUUAUUUGUCUCUCCAGGCCGAAGUUGUAUAUAUAUAGUAUCUAGUUAGGUCUGGUGCUUCAAGUACAUGGGGUUUCUCGGGUACACCACUGGUUGGAUCUUUUGUUUGAUCAAACAGUGUAGACCAAUCAUACAACUCGAAGGGAAUGACUUGGUUUUAGGGUUGUAGGACCGAUUUUGUAUUCAGAAAGGGCCUGUCUGCAUUCGGUCUGAAAUUCCGUAACAAGAGGGCUGUGUGGAUGAGUAUUCGACUAACUGUUGCUGGAUAUUUAGGCUGUUUUGCAUUACACGCUGUGUAGCGAAUACCACAGUCGAUUUUUACAAUACAGAACACUUAUGUAUAUAUAUAUAUAUAUAUAUAUAUA